CUCGCUGUACUAGCACAACCAACGCCUUCCAAUCGAUACAGUCAUCUCGCCAUCCACUUUUGACCAUCUUCUGCAUCAACGCGCAGGCAAAGCCAUCUACAUCGGGCCGCUCCUCAACAAAACAACUUACCCGAAACUCUCCACUCUCCACCCAUCAACAUGCCUGUCCGCAUUCCCGCCGCCACCAGGACUGAGGUCUUCUGCAUGGGCGCCGCCGGCGUCAGCGGCUUCGCCCCGUUCUACCUGAUGGCCCCCGGCGCCGAGGAGCGCCUCUCGCGCCAGACCCUCAAGUGGGCGCCGCGCUGGGAGCGCAACAUCACCAUGUUCCGCAACCCCGUCGAGCGGGGCGUCCAGCGCGCCGCGCCGUCCAUCGAGAGGGCCGUCCAGAGGCUCGAGCGCCGCCUCCCCUUGGAGAGGGCGGCCAAGAGCGUCGACAGGAGCAUCAAGAGGAACCUUGACAGGCUGGGCAUCAAGCACUCCUGAGCGACCAUCGAUCAGAUUGACGUUGGAAGACUGACACGGUCACGUCGGGUGCAUGGAAGAUCUCUGGCCCUGGUCGGAGCUCGGAUUUGCUUUGCCACUUUGUAUAUAAUACCCCGUGGGGGGUCAUGCUUUCCAGUCUUUGUGUUGCGAAGAUUUGCAAGGAGGAAAGGAUGUUGUCCGUGGCAAGCCGCUCCCGGGGCCAUCGAGAUAGCAUUGAUCAGGACGCAGGUCAGGGAUAAUGGUCGACAUCCCUGGCCGGCUUGUCCCAUAGCAGCACGCAAGCGAAUAAACGACGCUUCACUGUUCC